AGGUUCUCGCUCGGUUUCACUACUGUUCACUGCGUGCGAUCAACGUGCGAAUGCCGGAGAGCAUGAUCGCUCGCACUUCGUAAUCGGCCGAAAUAUAUUUUUUUUAAUACCUACGACGAAACGUGUUCGAUGGUGUAAUUUAAUUAGUUUUGUAUAAUCAUUAUAUUCGCGCAAUCGAGGCAGAUCGCCAUCGGGAAACGGUUAAAAUAUCGCCGAGCACACAUCGACGACCCUGUGAUCCUGCCGAUCACCGGAUCACCCCCCAAACCCCACGGCCCGUGCUAUUUUUAAUGUUUUGUACCGAUUGUGGACGUGAGAAUGGUCACUCGAAGCGAGAUGGAUCUUCAAUUUUUAGACUUACAUGAUUUAACUGACAAAGAUAAACAUGAAAUAUUAACCAUCCUCAGAUCUGACACUACCGAUACUUUAAAAUUACCAUGGAAUGCUGCAGAAAGUAAUAAUAAUAAUGUUAAUUCUGCUACACUGACAGAAGUUCCAGCAAUUCAGCAACAACAUUGGUAUAAUGCCAUGCCACCAACACAGACCUAUUCGCAACAGAUGAUGACACAAUUGUGUAAUGACUGGCAAGCAUCAAUGUACAAUGUUUCUACAAAUGGCCAUAUGCCAUUCAUGUCAGGAUUGACAUAUCACCAUCCUGGAUACAAUCUCGGUGUCGAGAUUCAAGACGUGAAUUACGGUAGGGAGAACGGACGCCGCAACAAUCGGGGCAGAGGUAUGAGAAGAGACAACUAUAAUCGAGCAAUUAAUUCCACUAACGAAGUGCAGUCAGGAUACAUGGGCGAUCAGGCACAAUUUCACCCACAAAUACAUCCAAUCAUGUACAUUUACCCCGAUCAUCAUUCUGUCUCUACGCAACAGCAUCAAGUAGCUGUCGGACAAAUCUAUUACCCACCGCCGAUGUAUUCAUCGAUUCUUCAUCCACAUCCAAACGCACAACCAAUUUCAUCUAGUUCGCACGCACAAGCGACUUAUCCUCCGAAUCCACCACAAAUGGACAGAUGUGUACAACAAUCACAAUCUGUGCCAUUGGAACAAUCAAACCAAGAAACCAUAAAACAACCAAUCAUCAAAGUGCAAGAUAAACAUGUACAAAAUACAAGUAUUGAUAAAGCAGUAUGUCAUCAAGUAAACGAGGACAACCACGAUUCUUUGCAAACUAGUGUUGUUAACAAUGUCAUUGCCACCAUUGUAAAUAAUCCUACAUCAGAAUCUGUCAAGAAUAUAAACGAAAACACUGCCAAUACAAAAACCAUGGCUAGCAGUGAAAAAGAUGUAAAAAUAUUACACAAUACUGUAUGGACUGAAAAUUGCAAUGGCACGCAAAUCGACGUAUCAUGUACAAGUACUAACAAUGGUGUCGAAAUGAAUCAAAAUGGUGAGGUGGAUAAGACAUUUAAAAAUGAAACUGCAUCCAACAUUACAACGAUUGUUACACAAACUUUGCCUAAAUCUGUCCCUGCUAAGGCAGAUAAAAGUGAAAUGAAUAUUGAGGAAAAUGUACUAAAGGAUGUUCAAGAUAAUACUGUUGAACAUAAAAUACUGAAUGGUUCCUCAGUCAUAUCAAAUGACUCAUUAGUCAUGCCAAAAGAUCCAUCGUCCGCUCCUGUAUCUACCACAUCGUCUGCGACUACAAUCCCCAGAUCUUAUGCUAGUCUUUUGAAAAAAGAUAGCACCGAAACACAGACGCUCACACCUUGUAAACCGACGAUACAUAUGAUUGAUCAGAAUAACUCAUCAAAAAUGCCAACUCAAAAGGAAUCGACGAGCCUUGAUUCUGCACCAAAGAAUCAAAAUGAUUCAUCCAGCAUGCCAAACAUAGUAAACGAUUACAAGACUUUGCAAAAUGGCAUGUUACAGAAUUGUUAUGAUGAUCCAAAUUCAUAUAGGAUAGGUGAAUUUUUGUCAAGUUGUCAAAUGGAUAAACAGACUGUGAGCUUGUUACCAAGAGGAUUAAUCAAUCGCAGCAACUAUUGUUAUAUUAAUAGUAUCUUGCAAGCUUUAUUAGCUUGUCCACCAUUUUAUAAUCUACUCAAAGCUAUGCCGCUUCCUAAAAAUCGGGGCAAGAAUUCUGCUACGCCCUUAAUUGACAACAUGGUCAAGUUCGUUCGCGAGUUUACACCUUUGACAGAGGCUGCUCGCAUGCCCAGAAAAGAUAGAGUUCAUAACAAACGAGGAGAAGAUACAGUCAUAGAUAUACAUAGUGGUAUCGCUUUUGAGCCAUCAUAUAUAUAUACAAUGUUAAAGCACACCUCUGCUGCCGGUGCCUUUUCUGUGGAAGGGCGGCAGGAAGAUGCAGAAGAGUUCCUAUCAUGUCUUCUAAAUGGCAUCAACGACGAAAUGCUAGAGUUGGUGAAAUUGGUCAAUAAUGAUCAAAAUGCAGUCACUAACAUGGAGAAUAAUGUCAGUGGUGGUCACGAUGAAGAGGAGUGGCAGGUAAUGGGGCCAAAAAAUAAAGGUGCUGUCACCCGGUGUACAGAGUUUGGAAGGACACCGUUGUCAGAUAUAUUUCGGGGACAAUUGCGAUCCAGGGUAUCGAGAGCAGGAGAACAGCCGACAGAUAACGUGCAACCCUUCUUCACGUUGCAGCUUGAUGUGCAAAAAGCUGAGUCCGUGAAAAAUGCUCUUGAAAUUCUCGUUGGAAAAGAUCAAGUAGAAGGAAUGACAUGUAGUAAAACAAGGCAACAGAUAGAAGCAUGGAAACAAGUUACAUUGGAGGAAUUGCCUGUUAUUCUUAUAUUACAUUUAAAAUGGUUCGUUUACAAAUUUGAUAAAUAUUCCAAUGGAUGCUCAAAAAUACUGAAGAGCAUGGAAUUUCCUGUAGAUCUAAAAAUUGAUGGCAAAUUUUUAUCACCAAAUACUGUGAAAAAGCUAGGGCCGAAGCAAAAACAGUACAAAUUAUUCGCAGUUACGUAUCAUGAUGGAAAGGAAGCUACCAAAGGUCAUUACAUCACAGAUGCCUUUCACAUCGGAUAUGGAUCUUGGGUGAGGUAUGACGACAGUGCAGUGAAGAGUGUUCCAGAGAGUAAUGUGUUGAGGCCCACAUCGCCUAGAGUACCUUACCUACUUUACUAUCGAAGAUGUGACACUAUCGGUAACCAACUGAAUAGUACUAAAACCCAUUAAGAAAUUUAGACGAAAACUUGGAUAAGCAAAACUUAGUUAUAUUCCAUUUGGAAUGGAAUAUAAUAAUUCGCUCACGAAAGUUUUCGUGUAAAUUUUUUGAAAUAGAAUGACAUACACCUGUUUUUAUAACUUUGAAGUUCUUGUUGAUAUUUGUAUUUAAAUAGAAAUCUACAAAAAAAAAAUACAGAGAGUUUUUAUAUUAUCCGUAAUAGCAUGGAAAGAGUAGACGUACAUUAAACUCUUAUAGUACUUCCAUGAAAUAUUCCUAUUACGAUUGUUGUUACAAGUUCUAUACAUAUAUAGUUUCCCUAAAAUCAUAGAAUAAAUAUAGAUAAGCGAAAUUAAGACUCGUUGAGUGUUUCAAUCUGGGUUCACAUUUUUUAGUGGAUCUAUAUAACAGCGUUAUAUAUAUAUACUAAAUGCUUUAUACGUUGCAGUUUGUGAGAUACUAGAGGAGUGUCUUGUGUAUAUAUAUAAAUAUAUAUAUAUUCUUUUUUCUGAAUAAGAUAACUGUAUGUUACUGAUUUCCAAAUUCUUAGAGGAAAUCGAAAGUGCGAGAGAUUUUUGAAAUUUAUGACAAUGUGUGUAUAAAAUAUAUAGAGAGACAGAGAGAGUGACGCAAACAUUAUAUGUAGAUUAUUUUUUUAUAUGAUCCUGCUGUACAAUGAAAAUCAAUUCCAACUUGCCAGACAUUUUUCGAUAUGCAUGUUACUAUUUUUAUAUUUUCAAAUCAUGUUAAACACAAGUCAUAUGUUCAUCAUGUAUCUUAUUUGACUAGAUCUUUCUAUAGAUUUCUUGCUCAUUAAACCACUUAAAUUAUUUCAAUAAUUUAAAAAAAGCUGGCAAAACAAAGAUGAAAGACUCGUCAGGAAAAUUAUAUGUAAGAUUAUUGAACAUUUUAUAUAUCUAAUCUUUCCUAUGUGAUACUAUAUCACAUUAAUUCUUAAAACUGAAGUGUUCAACAAUGCUUAUUUAUCUAUUAUGUUUGAAUAUUAUCUAUGAUAUAUGACAGUUUGUAAUUAUAAUCAGAUUGUUUGCUUUGUAUGCAAAUAAAAUGCCACUUAUUUGCGUUGCAAAUCUUGUAUUAAAUAACAUUAAAAAAAAAACAAUUAUAUAAGUUUUAGUUCCCUUAUAUAUCAAACUUUGUAGUAUAUACAUUCACUAUAUAACUAGUAUAUAUAUAUAUGUUUGUAUAAUAUAGAUAAGAAAUAUUCUAAGUUUGAAUCUAAUUGUAACCUAUGCAUUAAACAUAACUUUCACUUAUUUCGAGUUUUGUAAAUAAAUAUUUGAAGUUUAUAACAAAAAA